AGCAGGGGGCGGAACUCGUGCGGGACAGCCAUGGACGCAAGCGCACAAGCAUGUCGUCGUCGUGUUGUGCCUCCCUCACCUCGGCCCAGCGCCUCAAGUCAAGUGCCUCCCAUUUCCAACUACUUUACCGCGCCUUCGCUCGCCUCCUCUCCGCGCUCGCGCCUCUUCCCCCCCACCACGCCGCACCGCGCUGGCAUUUCCCCUCCGCCGCUCUCGCGCGUUGUUGCCGUUGCCGACGACCCCGAGGUCCCCCCCGGCUCGCUGGCCAUGCCGCCCGUGACUCGCCGCGCUCCGCGCACCGGCCGCCGACCUUCCAUCGCUCUUGGCAUAGCGCGCCCCAACGCGCGCGUCACUGCCGCUGGGCGCGCGCUGCUCGUCGCCGUGCUCGCGUCCGCAGCAGUCGCGUGCUUGGCGGCACCGGCGGCGGUGGCGUCGUGGGGCGCGGCGUGCGUGAACGGGUUUCCGAAGCGCGCGCUGUGCCGCUUCGUGGACGACCUGGCGGCCACCCCGCUGGUGACGGUGGACGGCGCGACGGGCAGCGCCGUCACCAUCGGCGCGUUCCAGAAACGCAUCAAGUUCCACCGCGACCUGCCCGCGUCGAAGGUGUACGUGUACGGCGUGGACGAGCAGAGCGCCAGCUACCCCGGGCCCAUGAUCGUGGCCACCCGACACACGCCCACCACGGUGCGGUGGGAGAACCACCUGAGCGACCAGCAGCACAUGCUGGGCGUCGACUACUCGCUGCCCCACGUCGCCAGCCCCGCCAAAGGAGGCAUCCCCAUGUCCCCCCACCUGCACGGAGCGGAGACCCCCAGCGACUCGGACGGCCACCCGCAUGCGUGGUUCACGCAGCACGGCGACAGCGGCUCAGCCUUCGCCUCCUCCACCAGCACGUACCCCAACUCGCAGCCGCCCGCGCUACUGUGGUUCCACGAUCACGCCAUGGGGCUGACGCGCCUGAACGUGGCAGCGGGCCUGGCGGGGCUGUACCUCAUCAAGGACCCCGGCGGCGUGGAGCAGCCCAUGGCGGGGUGGCUGCCCUCAGGCGAGUUUGACGUGCCGCUCGUGCUGGCGGAUCGCAAGUUCAGGCGGGACGGCCGCGUGGUGUACAGCGGCAUGCGCAUGGGCAUGGGGGGCGGGGGAUUGAGCAUGAAGAUGGAAUACCUGGGGAAUGUGAACGUCGUCAAUGGCAAGGUGUGGCCGUUCCUGUCAGUGAAGCCUCGUCUGUACCGCCUGCGUCUGCUGGGCGCUGCCAAUGCGCGCGUGUACCGCCUGCACUUCCAGUGCGCUGCGCACAGCGACUACCCCCACCUGCUGCCGCCCCUGCACGGCCCCAAGCUCUCCAUGCUGCAGAUUGCCUCAGACGGGGGCUACCUAGCGGCGCCCGUGCGGCGGUCGUCAGUGCUGUUGGCCCCUGGGGAGCGCGCUGACGUGCUGUUGGACCUGUCCGCGCUGCCCUCGCCCGCGUGCCGCCACAUCCUGCUGCUCAACACCGCGCCCGCGCCCUUCCCCUCAGGGGCGGGCGGCAUGGGCGGCAUGAUGGGUGGCCCCAUGGGGCGCGUGGCGCGUGGCGCGGGCAAGGUGGUGGGCAGAGUAGGGAGGGCUGUGGGGAGGCUGGUGCGGCGCAAGAAGGCGCUGGGGGUGAGGAAGGCGGUGAUGGUGGUGAUGCUGCUCACCGUGGCACAGGAGGCCGCUGUGGCCGCACCUGCUGUGCCGGCCGUACUGCAGGCGCUGCCCGCCAUUGAUCUCUCGGAGGUCUCUCAAGUGCGCUACCUCACCAUCUCGGGCAUGAUGGGCGGCAUGGGGGGAGGGAUGGGCGGCAUGGGGGGAAGGGGGAGGGGAAUGGGAGAGUUGUGGGGCAGGCGGGAGGGUGUGGGGAGCAACCUGUCUGCUGCCGCUCAUCAAGUGUGGAGCAGCUUCAGGGGGCGCAUGGGAAUGGGCAUGGGGGGUGGCGGGAUGGGGGGGAUGAUGCGAUUCUCCAUAGACGGCAAGGGCUUCAUGGAUGCAGCCACAGAGGUGGGUGCGGUGGGGGCGGCGGAGGUGUGGCAUAUAGUGAACACGGGCACGCACGCCCACCCCAUCCACAUCCACCUCGUGCAACACCGCCCCCUCUCCCGCCGCCCCUUCAACUCCGCUGCCUUCCUCAAGGGCACCUGCGCUCUCAGCGGCAGUAGCAAGCGCAGCUGCUACACAGGGAAUGCGGAGGCGGUAGGCCCGUGGGAGAGCGGAUGGAAGGACACGACCCUAGCGCUACCUGGUCAGGUGCUGCGGCUGUUUGUGAAGUUUACGGCUCAGGAUGGGUCGGCAUUCCCGUUUGAUGCGACAGCAGGGGCGGGGUACGUGUGGCACUGCCACAUGCUGGAGCACGAGGAGAACGACAUGAUGCGCCCACUGCUGCUCACUGCAUGAACACCUUGCUGCUGCCCUCAUUAUCACUGCUUAGGCCAAUGUGUAGUGUUGAGUUGAGAUGAGCAGUACCGUAGUUGUAACCCGCUGCAGAAGGCACCCCUUACAGUUGGAAAACCCCCUGGUGCACUGGGGAAGGGUGUACUUGUUACUGUAUGCACCUUACAUAAGCUAAGCCCUCCUUGUAGUACCGUAAUCUCCCGGCAAUAGGACCCUAGGUCUUGCAACAUAUUCAAGAAAAAUCGUCUGGGUGGACAUCAAAAUGGAAGGUGAUUUUUAAGCCCCA